AUUUGAACAGCAAUUAUUAAAUGAUCGUUGUAUUGACAUAAACAUAACGAUGAAGGCAAAGGUUCUGUGACACAGUUGUUUGGAUGGAGUCUUCGCGGGGCACUGGGGGUCACUCCCGCGAGUAUAAACUGGUGAUGCUUGGAGAAGGAGGAGUUGGGAAAAGUGCAAUCAUCAUGCAGUUCAUCAGCCACAGAUUUCCAGAGGAUCAUGACCCCACCAUCGAGGAUGCCUAUAAGACACAGAUCCGCAUUGAUGAUGAACCAGCAAACCUGGAUAUCCUAGACACAGCAGGACAGGCUGAGUUCACGGCUAUGAGGGAUCAGUACAUGCGUGCCGGAGAAGGUUUCAUCAUCUCCUACUCCAUCACGGACCGCCGAAGCUUCCAGGAGGCGCGACACUUUAAACAGCUCAUCUACCGCGUACGCCGCACUGUAGACACACCUGUGGUACUGGUGGGCAACAAAUCUGACCUGGCCCACAUGAGACAGGUGUCAGUAGAGGAGGGCAAAGAGCUGGCCAGAGAGUUCCAGUGUCCGUUUUUCGAGACUUCGGCCGCGUUUCGCUAUUACAUCGACGAGGUGUUCGCCGCCCUGGUGCGUCAGAUUCGCCAGCGCGAGGCAGAGGUGGUACGCGGCAGCGAGAGGAAGGCUCGACGUAGCCACUCCUUCUGGAGCCGCCUGAAAUCUCCCUUUCACAAGAAACAGCACUCCGAGCACUGACAGA